CUUCAAUGUAAUGUUCUUUGAACAUUGUACUGCAAAGAUGUGAUGGAUAGGUGCUGCCAGUAUAACCUGAUAUUUUAUCUAGGUGUGUUUGGGUGCAUCUGUGCAUCCGGGUACCAGUAUGGAACGAUAUCAGUGGUUGGACCAGCUUUUGUGAACAGGGAGGUUACACUGAAAGCGACACCAUUAUUUCCUUGGGGAUGUGACAUAGAAUGGAAGUACAAAAUGGAAGGGGGCACAACAUUCCAAACAAUGCACGGGCAAAAUAUUAAAAGAUAUUCGGAAGAUGGGUCGUUCUUUUUAAAAUGGACGGCUUCAAUAGAAUACAACAGAUCUACCUUCUACGCCGGAUGUUCAGCAAACACAACAAUUAGAACACGCAUGGUUUCCUUAGAUAUGGCAGAGAAAGAUAACUGGCCCAUGCUAACAGUUCCUGAAGUCCUUGACGGAGAAAGCUCGUCAACAAUGUGUGAAGUGCGCGAUGCUAUCCUAGCUCCGUUAAUAGAAAUACGUGUUGGCAAAGUCUUGCUAUCUGAUGUUCAACAAACCGAUUCAUUUAAUGAAUCUUCCCAUACGUUUACUAGCAUAGCAACGGCGACAAAGACUAACAGGGAUUGGAAUGGAAAAGAAAUGUGCUGCGAUAGGAAAAGCAAAGAUGAUUUUGGUCUUAAAGAUGUUUCAGUAUGCAAAAACAUCAGUACCAGAUAUCCACCGACGGACCUUUCGAUGUCCGUGAACACAAUACAUGAAUAUAACAACAAUGUUUCUGUCUGUUUCUUUAAUAUAUCUUGUAAAACGGAUGAAUCAAAUCCGCCUUGCAAAAUUAAAUGGUCAAGCGACAUCGAUAGUUUGAUAUACGUUCAUAGAAACGAUUGGACGAAUGGUGAAAGUGGUAGUUACCGUUCUAUUUCCACCGUGCGUUACAAUGUAACUGAAGACAUGGCUGAGGGAACUAUUACAUGUUCAACAAGAUGCGAUCAUUUCCAAUUUCGUUUAAACAAAAACUAUAAGAUAUCGUUUUCUGAUGUUCCGACUCUGUAUUUGAACACGACAUCGCCUGUUGUUUUACAUCCAAAUAUUACAGUGACCGUCAAAUGUUUCGUUGAUGACCUGAAUAAUUCAGGGCAAUGGAAUCUUUGGUGGGAAGAUGAAAAUAGCACUGAAAUAGAGGCUUGUAUCAAAGCAGAGGAAUGCCUGUUAACAUUAAAUUAUACAGGAGGUGGUGAUAAGACGUACAUAUGCAACACUUGGAAACCAAAGGAGCUUCUGAGAAUUCCAUGA